GUUCUCGUGUCGUGACCCUCUCGUCCACCCCUGUGCCUGCGGUGGCGUAACACGUCAUUGUGAUGUCAUUCCUUACCCUGUGACGUAACCCAGAGGCGUGACUGUUGGGGACCGCUGGGCUGCGGGGCCUCAGGCCUCCUUGGGCCCGUUACACUCGCGGAAUGGCCGCACCCGAUCGGGGAAAGCCCUCUUCGCCCCGGGUGGAGACCGCCCGCUACCAGGAGACGUCGACGGUCCGCGUGGAGACCUCGUCCCACCGCGUGGAGACCUCCUCGCGGCAGGUGCGGACGUCUUCCCGGCAGGUGGAGACCUCCCUGCGCCACAGCGAGCGGCCCUCCCCCUCCUCCGCCUCCCCUGGGAAGCGGCUCCCGCGCCUCCUCGAGGUGUCCUCCCAGCACGUGGAGACCUCCUCGCAGCGCACGGAAACGUCCUCCCGCCACGUCAGGGCCUCGUCCCUGCGAGUGGAGACGUCUCUGCACCGCGUGGAGAGCCCGCUCCGGCGGGACAGGCCGGCCGCCCGCCAGAAUGUAAAAAUGGCCCCAUGAAACACUUCCCAGAGGCCACGAAAGGGCCGUGGCCCGUAGCCAGGACAGAAUUGCCUCCAGUGUGCAGCCAGC